UCUGUUUGUCUGUUGCCAGUUUGUCUCAUCUCGUCAAGCGUAGCAGCAGUUUUCCUGAGCUCCUGUUUUCGUGCUGGACCCUGUUUUCUAUUUUUCCCGGUUCUGACCAUUCUGACAGCCCUGGGCCUGCCUGACGUUCUCUACCUUGUGAUACUGCCCUGGAUUACUGACCUCUGCCUGCCUGGACCUGUUGCUCUUUGGGGGGAUUGGUAUAGCUUACUGCACUCACUGCAUGCACAAUCAACAGUGAGACAUUCACAUAUAAACCAGGAGUCCAACCACAAUGAAGAUCGGUGACAUGAUUGAGAUAAACAGAGGUGCAUUCAAACACUGGGCUCUGUACAUUGGAAAUGGAAAGGUCAUCCAUUUGGUAACUCCAGAUGGGUCAGGUGUAUUGAGGGCUUUCUCAUCCAGCUCACCCAGUGUUUCCUGUAAAGGCAUGAUUACAAUAGAUACAUUAAAGGCUGUGGCAGAUGGGAAUCCUUACAAAAUAAACAACUACUUGGAUGACAAGUACAAACCAAGGAGGACUGAUGUCAUUAGGGAGGAUGUGGACAUCCUGAAAGGCCGCACAAUAACAUAUGACCUCCUUGGACGCAACUGCGAGCAUUUUGUUACUUUCCUCCGUUAUGGCAAAUCAGAGUCCAAACAGGCAGAUGACUUCCUGAAAAAUGUGUUCAUUGCUUCUGGCCUGCUUGGUGGCAUGGUUGUUGUUGCCGCUGUUGCUUCUGUAGCUGUUGCAAUAAUUAAAGUUUUUAAAUAGGUAACUUGGGUCUCAUGAGUCCAUUGAGAAUGCCAGUGAUGCAAAAUGUUGUUUAUAGCCUAAUGAAUAUAGGACCAUCUCAAAGA